AUGGAUUUUUUUAAUCUUUCUCAUAACCUUUUAACUGGGUUUGAACAAAAUCCUGUUAUUUUUCAAUGGGCUCAGAUUCGAACCCUAGAUCUUAGGUCUAAUCAGCUCCAAGGAUCCCUUCCAUUGCCACCACCAUCCACCAUUUCCUACCUCAUUUCACACAACCAAUUGACAGGUGAACUUUCUCCGUUGAUUUGCAAUUUAUAUUCUCUUGAAAUUCUCGACUUAUCCUUCAAUAAUUUAAGCCGUCAACUUCCUCAUUGUUUGAGCAAUUUCAGUGAUCUAUCUGUGUUGGAUUUGAGAAGAAACAAUUUUCAUGGAAUUAUUCCUACAGCCUGGAGAGAUGAUUGUAAAUUGAGAAUGAUUAGCAUCAGUUACAAUCAAUUACAAGGACAAAUUCCAAAAUCAUUAGCCAAUUGUUCAUCGUUACAGUUGGUUGAUUUUGGUAACAACCAAAUAACUGAUACUUUUCCUUCUUGGUUGGGAAAUCUUUCAGAGUUGAGAAUUCUGAUUUUGAGAUCUAACCAUUUUUAUGGUGUGAUAGAUCAAAAACCCAAAACCAAAGGCUUCCCAAGUCUUCAAAUCAUCGACUUAUCCGGCAAUGGUUUCGUCGGAAAGCUGCCAUCGGUGUACUUAGACAUGUGGGAAGCCAUGAAAACCAUCCAAGCAAACCACAUGACAUACAUGGGGGAAAAUAUAAGGCCCAAUUUCACAGACGUUGAUACCUACUAUGGGGAAUAUGAUUACUCAAUGACUAUGUUCAACAAAGGAGUGAAACUGGAAUACGACAAGAUUCAAGAUAUUUUCCUUGCCAUUGAUUUCUCCAACAACAGAUUUGAAGGAAAAAUCCUAGAAAUCAUUGGAAACCUUAAAGGGCUUAAUCUCCUCAACCUUUCAAACAACCUUCUCAAGGGUCACAUAUCACCAUCUUUAGCAAGUUUGAGCUCAUUAGAGGGAUUAGAUCUUUCAAAGAACAAGCUUUCAGGAAAGAUACCUCCAGAGCUCGCUCAGCUCACUUUCCUUGCUUUCUUUAAUGUCUCCUACAACGAGCUUGAAUGGCCAAUACCACAAGGGAAACAAUUUGAUACAUUUCAGAGCAAUCAAUAUGAGGGGAACUUGGGAUUAUGUGGAGCUCCUUUGACAAAUAAAUGUGAAGGUUUUGGGGACUCACCACCAUUUUUUCCAAUUUCGGAUGAUGAAAGCAUAGCUCUGGAGUACAAACCCUUAUAUUUACGCAGAUGCACUUAUUAUCAGUAUCAUGCCCAGGCUAGGGAUGGCAACGGAUCGAGUAUUUUCGGGUACCCGAUCCGACCGAAUCCUAAUAGAACAGAUUUGGGUAGUUAUAAUCGGGUUUGA